CAAAAUUUUCAUUGUAUAAAUCCAACUCCUAGUAUUGAGGUGUGGUGGGAGAUCCCUAGUAGCUGUAUAAAAUAUAUUCAUUAAGCAAAUCAAAGGAAACUAGAAUGAAGAAAAUUGCAAAUAGUGUUAGCAUCUCUCUUUUGAAUUUUCCCGAAUCCAUUUUAGAUGGAAUUCUCGAACGUCUUUCACCAAUAGAACUCAUCAAAAUGUCUGAAGUAUGCAUUUGUCUAAGAAAUAAAUGUAGAAGUGAUCAUUUUUGGGAAAUUCACAUGAAGCAAAAGUGGGGAAGAGUCAUUGGUCAUGUUGCCCUAAAGGAGUGGCAAUGGCAUGUAACAUCAAUAACAGCAGAGGAAGGGAGUGUUUUGAAUCAACAAAUCAAUAAUAUUCAGAAUGGAUCACUUGGUUCUUUUAGUGGUGCUUGGCCUAUGCUAUGCCUUGGAUCAUAUUUUGAAGAAUGCACACAUCUUAAGAGUUUAUUAUUGUCAAAUAACUUUAAGAUGGCUUUGUAUUUGUCACUAGAGAGUGGCAAGUUCUGGUUUCCAGCUCAAUUAUUUAGGGGACUAUAUGUUCACGAGGCCUUGCUUAGCUAUGACUCCAAAACUGAUACCUUUCAAGCAAGGACACGCAGUGGGAAUUGGAGGAUUGUGGGGAAUAAAAUCCACUGGGAUAAGCUUAGACCAUCCCUAGUUGAAACCUCUUCAUGUGUUCGCCACGUGUCUGAUUGUUAUCAAGAUUUAAAACUUGGGGAUCAUAUUGAAAUUCAAUGGAGAGGAAACACUCAAACUCCUUAUGGUGAGAUCAAAUACGAUCACAAUGAUUCUGAGAACUGGUGGUAUGCUGUUAUUGGUCACCUAGAUUCUUGUAAUGAAAAUGAGAAUUAUUGCUUCUGUCAAAACUCUGAGACUUUGGUGGUAGAGUUCAAGCAAUACCCUCGUGGGUCAAGCAUGAGAAAAACAAUGCUACGCAGACAUAACAAUGGGGAACAAGCAGAAAAUUCGAUCGGAAACUAUGGGGGAAUUAGAAAGCUUCGCGAUGAAGAAGAGAUUGAAAAAUGGAAGGAGCUCUUAGAUCAUCGACUAUAA